GAGUGUGUUUGCAGCAGCAGCUCAGCGGUUUCAGGUCACUGUAUCGUGUAGAAGAUAGAUUGACACGAUCCUAUAUUUGUACAUAACUUCUGUCUUUAACCGGUUUAGGAGAGAGGCAGGUUCUACAUAACUUCUGUCUUUAACCGGACAAUAUGAAGACUUAUUCAGUCUGCGGGUUGUGUACACUUUUAAUGUACAUCAUUAGUAUAUCAUUAACAUCAAGUGACACCGGCGGUACAGUUCAGCACAUUGUGGCCUUAGUUGGUGAUGAUGCCAUCCUGCCCUGCACCCUGAGCAGCACUGUCAGUGCUGUGUAUCAGUCAGUAGAGUGGCAGAGACCAGACCUAAAACCAAAAGAGGUCCAUCUUUACAGAGAUGAGAAGGACGAUCUUGUGCUCCAGAAUCCAGUCUUCAGGGGAAGAACGUCACUGUUUAAAGAAGAACUAGAGAACGGCAACGCUAGUUUAAAGUUGACCAGAGUGAAACUCUCUGAUGCUGGAAACUACACCUGUUACAUUCCACUGCUGGACCACCAGAAAACCAUCAUUCAACUCAUUGUUGGUGAGUCAACACACCUGCUGACCACCCAAACCCCCUUAGGAGACAGAUCUCAUGAAAUCAAGGGUGCUGCGUCUAGACCAGUUAUCAUCAUUGAGGGAAACGAAGGCGAUGAGGUGGUCCUGCGGUGUGAGGCUGAAGGCUGCUACCCAGAGCCUGUCAUGGAGUGGUGUGAUGCUCAUGGACGUGUCCUCUCUGCUGCUGGACCUACAGAGACAGCCAGAGACCGUGAAGGCUGCUACACUGUGACAAGCCAUGUCAUCGUCCAGAACUCUGACAACAACACCUUCACCUGUCGGGUUCAACAGUUGGAGAUCAAACACAUGAAGGAGAGACGGGUUCAUGUUCCAGAUCAAAUGUUUCCUAAGACGUGUCAUUCCUGCUGGCUGACAGUUGUAGUAGCAGUUCUUGUUACAGUUCUUGCUGGAGCUGGAGGUCUCUACCUGUUGAUAAAAAAAGGGAUAUUGACUAUCAGAAAGGAAGCGUGGACGUCAGUAAUGAAGAAGAACAAGGAGACGAUGAAGAAUGAUGAAGAUGAGGCCAGUGAACCCAGUCGUUCAUUGGUUUAAAUGUGAAAUGAUCUAUAAUAAUAGUAUUAUGUGCCAUUUAACAGACUUGUAUGGAUGGUCCCAGGAAUCAAACCCACUAUCCUGGAGUUACAAGGACCAUGCUUAACUAUGACUAUAUAGGAAUAUGCAUGGCUAUAUUUACAUUUGAGUCAUUUAGCAGACACUCUUAUCCAGAGCAACUUACAGGAACAGUUAGGGUUAGGUGCCUUGCUCAAGGGUACACUGACAGAUUUUUCAUCUUAUUGGCUCAGGGUUUUGAACUAGCAACAUUGGAUACUGGCCCCAUGCUCUUAACCACUAGACUUCCUGCCGCUCCAUAUGUAGCACUGUGUCAUCAGCAUUAGUUUUUUCUAAUCAGCCAUCUUUGGUGUAGUUUAGGUAGUCUGUAAUAGGUGCUGAUUUAUUUGACAGGGACAAUGGCUCUAUGCAGCAAGGUGUUAGCAAUGGGCUGCUAUGAUAAACAGCACACAAUAUAUAUAGAGCUAGCAAAGGUAAUAACUUAGCACGCUAGGCUAGCAGGCGGAAUAUAUAGCAAUAAUAUAACCAGCACCAUUAGUGGUAGCGAGUUAGCAUGCUGUGUGGCUAACAAUGCUAAUAUGUAAACAGACAGCCAUCUUGGUAGAGGCUAGGUACGUAUGAGGAAGUGACCGGGUGUGAUGACAUCACCGGUCGGCCAUACUGGUUGUGUAAGAAUUAUCACCUGGUAGCCAUCUUAGACACAACCAACAAUUUGAAGGGCUGAAUACUGUACUGUACCCAGAACUAUGCCAAGGGGAUAGAUAAACAGGAUAUGCAGUAUGGAUAGUACCCAUACAUGAAUUACUGGCAUAUAAACACUGGAUAAGGCAUGUAUUAGCGUACAGUAGUAAGGGCGUCUAGUUUUUUGGUUUCUGUACUAUUUAUAUUUGACAACUUUUACUUUUAUUCCACCUCAUUCCUAAAGAAAAUAACCCAAAAGUCACAUUCUCGUUACGUUCUUAAUUUUACUUUUGAUACUUAAAAAGUAAUUUAAAUGUUGAUACUUCAGUAUAUUUAAAACCAAAUACUUUUAGACUUUUACUCAAGUAGUAUUUUAUUGGGUGACUUUUAGUUGAGUCCUUUUCUAUGAAGGUCUCUUUACUUUUACUCAAGUAUGACACUGUUUGAUAUAUUUCCUUUGGGGUCUAGAGAUUUAGGUAAAUCAGCCUUUGGUUUCCUUGCGUUUGGAAUGAUCAACAAUGCACUUUAAGAUUUGAGCAAUUGGUGCCUCUAGGGCAUUUGAUUUUUUUAUUUAUUUGAACCUUUAUUUAACUAGGGAAAGACAGUUAAGAACAAAUUCUUAUUUACAAUGACGGCCUACUCCAGCCAAACCCGGAUGACGCUGGGCCAAUUGUGCGCCGCCCUAUGGGACUCCCAUUCACGGCUGGAUGUGAUACAGACUGGAUUUGAGCCAUUUAUUGCAGUGACACCUCUUGUACUGAGAUGCAGUGUCUUAGACCACUGCACCACUCUGGAGCCUUUUUACUGAAGCCUGUCUGUUUUAUAUGAUUGUAUUUUGCUUUUCAUGUAUUGUAGUGUAUAAUUGUUUAAUGUGUAGUUUCAUGUGUUUAUUGUAUUGUGGUGCUAUACAGGGCUCACCUGGAAAAGAGACCUUCGUCUCAGCAUGACUCAAAAUAAAGGUGAAAUAAAAUGUGA